ACAAAAACAAAAAACGUAGGAAAAAAAAAACUUAAUAUGACAAAGUAUCAGAAACUGUAUAAUAGUAAUACAAACCUCACAACCGCAGUCGAUGAAAGCUUAACAUUAUUAAUUGAUGAUAAGCACAAUAACCGCAACAACAAUUGUAAUACUAUCAACAAUUCAACCGGCAGCCACAACAAAUACAACAACAACAACAAUAACAUUGCUGUUAAUGAUUACACAGCAAUGGAAGCCACCGACGAGAAUAUAAUGGAGGUGCCCCUGUUAAACAACAGCAACCAUUUUGAUGUGGAAUACUCAUCGCAUUACCCGCACAUAUGCCAUUGUGAACAACCCGGUUUCGGUGCUAAUUUAAAAAAUAAAUCAACACAAGAAGCUAAAACCAAAAUUUUAUUGGCAGUGUCGUUAUGUUGCAUUUUUAUGAUUAUUGAAUUCCUUGGCGGUUAUUUGGCCGGAAGCUUAGCUAUAAUGACGGAUGCUGCACAUUUGGCAUCCGAUUGCAUUAGUUUCGUUAUUGGUUUGGUUGCGAUAUGGCUGGGCGGCAGACCGCCAGAUAGUCGCAUGUCGUUUGGCUAUAAGCGCAUGGAGGUCAUGGGCGCAAUUGUAUCAAUUGUGAGCAUUUGGAUACUGACCACCACGCUGGUCAUGGUGGCCAUCGAAAGAAUUCUCUCCAAUGAUUUCGAUUUGAAUGCAAAUACUAUGAUGACAAUAUCCGGCAUUGGAAUUUUAAUUAAUAUUGUCAUGGUUUUCAUAUUGCACGGUGGUGAAAUUCUACCUGGUGGUCACGGUCACUCUCACUCCCAUGGUCAUGGACACGCCCAUGGACAUGGACAUGGACACUCUUUUGAAUCAGCCAACUUAUCUGGCGUGUCUGAAAGUGCCUUUGAAUCAGCAAAAAAUUGCGACUCUGGAAAAAAUCUCAACUUACGGGCUGCGAUGAUACAUGUCAUCGGCGACUUAGUUCAAAGUAUCGGAGUAUUUUUUGCUUCAGUAUUAAUUAAAUUUUUACCUAAUGCGAAAAUUGUAGAUCCGCUAUGUACUCUAGCCUUCUCAAUAAUUGUUAUUUUGACUACAGUACGAUUAUUUAAAGAAUCCAUCAAUAUUAUAAUGGAUGCGGUGCCACAGCAUAUAUCUCUAGAUGAUCUCGAAUCUGAUUUUACAAAUAUCGAGGGCGUGAAAUCUCUACAUCAUUUGCAUGUAUGGAAUCACACCUCCAACCAUGCCGUACUGACGGUUCAUUUAGUCAUAGACUUAUUAACUGAUAGCAACACAGUAUUGAAGACGGCGACGCAAUUAGCUGAAAGCAACAAAUACAACAUCAAGCAUUGUACAAUCCAAAUUGAACGCUUGACAUCGUAAAAUUUAUUUAAUUAACGUUCCCCGAGCAGCAUAUACGUAGCUGGAUGACUAUUAUUUUUUUAUUUUUUUAUUUUUUGUUUUAUUUUUUAUAUUAAUUUUUUACUGCCAAAGACUGAAAGCUAUAAGAAAGCAUUUUGCUAAUUUAAUUUAAGUGUCAAAUGGCUUAUUACGGAUACCGUUGCCUUUUAAAGUGCAAAUUCUGCUUUGAAAGACAAUAAAAAUAGUCAAUAAAUAUUUUUAUAUUUUUUAUUGAAGCCAAAAAAUUAAAAUAAAUUCUUUAUUGUCGAGAUAAAGCUAAGUACACAUUCGAUAAAUCUUUAUAGCGAUUUUAUGAGGUGCUAGCAUUCUGAGAGCAAUUUUAAUAGUUAA